AUGGAAACAAAGAAAUGGAAUGAGGUGUCACCAAAUGCAAUUUUGAUUGCUGAUAAAGAUAUUAUAAAGCAGAUUUUAGUAACAAAUGAAUUUCCUAAAAAUAAAAAAUACGAAUCAAUGAGAUUAAGUUCAGUUACUUUGCUAACAGCCACGGAUAUUAAAUGGCAUAAACAACGUCGCAAGUUGCUUUCUUCAGCAUUUUCUACCAAAUAUUUGGAUUCCCUUGAGCCAUUAAUUCAAUCAGUUAUCAAAAGUCUGAUAAAAAAGAUUAAUGUAACAUUAGAUGUGGAUUCAAAUGAUUCAAAUGGUACAGUGAUCAAUCUUGCAAAGUUGAUUCAUGAAUGUACUAUGGACAUUGUUGGGGAAACCGCUUUUGGAGGUUCCUUCAAGAUGAUCGAAAACGGGGAUCUUCCUUUAAUAAGGAAAAUUUUCGAAGAAAGGCGCAGACGAAGUUUGGUUUCAUCGUUUCCUAUAUUAAAACCUUUCAAGCCAGCUGAUCCAGAUUUAUUGAAAAAUCGUCGCCAAAAUUCUCGAAGGGAAGAUUUGUUACAAAUUAUGUUAGAUACUCAACAAGGUGAAGAAGGCAUGACGGAUAAUGAAAUUUACAACCAAAUUAUAGAAUUUUUAUUUGCCGGAAGUGAUACAAGCAGCUUCACAAUCACUAUGUUAUUUGCAAUGUUAAUGGAAAAUCCAACGAUUGAGAGAAAACUUGUUAGUGAAUUAGAUGAAGCAUUAAAAGAUGAUGAAUUAUCACAUAAAAAAUUGAAACCGUUGACAUAUUUGAACUGCCCAGGGAAAGUUACAACUAAAGAUUUGGUUCUUGAUGAUGUUAACGAAUUUAUUCCAGAACGUUGGUUAAAUCCUGAUAAAAUUCCCAAGGAUUGUUUUAUUCCUUUCUCUGCUGGUACUCGUAAUUGUAUUGGAAAUAAUUUUGCAUUGAUGGUUAUUCGCUUAUUAACAUCUACUUUAUUGAAGAUGUAUCGGUUUGAAUAUAUUUCUGGUCAAGAUAUGGAUGUGGUGCAAUAUCUUACUCCAAAUUUUAAAACUAAAAGAUAUGAUAUUCGAAUUUGGAAAAGAUAA